AUGCUUCGGUUAGGGAUACCGGGAAUCGGUCGUCGGCGUUUACACGUCUGUCUGACAUUGGUGAUCUGCGCGUUGUGGAUCGUCGAUAAGAUCGACGCCGCCACUGCGGAAAACGCCAAGGACGCGUGGACAGGAUUUUCGACAUCGUGCGUGACGGAUGACUCGAAGAACACGUCGGUCUCUUGUCACGGAGUGCGAAUCGUUCGGAAGAUCGUACAGCAGUUACUGGAGAACACCAUUAAGGAACGGAACAUCGAGCUGUUCGACGGCGUAUCCUUGGUCGAGGUACCCGGCUUUCUCCGGAAAGCCAGAGUGUUGAAGGGCUUCGGAGGCCUUGGACCCUUCCUACAGUUUCUGGAAGGUAGAGAACUUAGAGUCAAGCUGCCGUCUUUAUUCCCUCCGAAUAUGGAGACUGCGUUGAAGGAGAGUUUGCCUUCCGAUCUUGAAGUGAGAGGUCGCGGCAGCGGCGGCGGCAUCGGCGGUGGCGGCGGUGGUAAGAAAGGCGGUGGCGGAAUGAUGAUACUAGCUCUUAUGAUGGGUAAGAUGAUGGCCGCUAUGGGCUUCGGCGCGGUUGGUCUUUUGGCCAUGAAAGCAUUGAUGGUUUCGGCCUUGGCCUUGAUGCUGUCAUUAAUCAUAGCCGUGAAAAAAUUAGCAAGUAGCGGCGAGGAUCACGGUGGUCACCAUGUUGUUUACGCGCAAGAUGUUGGCCAUCAUCAUCGCAAGAAGAGAUCAAUCGAAGACCAUGAUUCUACGCUGUUGCCUUACAGAGGAUACGCCAAUCUUUACGCUAAUUUGCGAACAUCUUGAUACUUUUGCAGUAUAAUUGCAGUAUCUUAAUCGCAAAAUUGAAUUAGUUCUCGAGCUUCUUAACUCUCCUGUCGCUAUUAAAGCUUUGUUCAGAUAGACACGACUAGACAUACCACGUUGACGGCGGCGCGUUGAUAUUGUGUUCACAUAAUUUACAUUUCAGUCACAUCAAUAUUGUUCCUUCAUCAUCGUCUCUCAUUCAUUUAGCACAACGUGCACCUUCUUCAGCGUGGCUCUUUUAUAUCUUCUUAGCUAUAAAACUGUAAACGUUAACCGCUGUAGGAGAGUUAAUAAGUGCUGGAAAUUGACCGACGACGCUACGUGACAGAAGAUUAGUGACAGUGACAUCGACGAAACGACAGUGACGCAGAGACUAAUUGACAGCUAUAUUAGAAAGUGAUGUUUAACAAACGUUUACUCGCGAGAAAUACGAUAAUCGAUCUCUAUUGGUCUAUCACUUUGACAGGACUCUCAG